AUGAUGGUUGCCCUCGCUUUCCUUUCCCACGCUUCCGCUCUCUGGCGCCCGCGUCGUCGCCAUCGCUUCCGCAGCUCGUCGCGUGCCCAUCGCCUUCGCUCCGCCCAUCGCCGUCACUUCUCCCCUAUCGCCUUCACUCCCCCCCCUCUUCCGUUGCCUUCAUUUCCCCCUCCCGUCGCCUUCACUUCCCCCUCCCGUCGCCUUCACUUCCCCCUCCCGUCGCCUUCAAUUCCCCCUCCCGUCGCCUUGAUUUCCCCCUCCCGUCGCCUUCAUUUCCCCCUCCCGUCGCCUUCACUUACCCCUCCCGUCGCCUUCACUUCCCCCUCCCGUCACACUCGCUUCCCCACCCGUCACCUUCACUUCCCCUCCCAUUGCCUUUCACUCUCUCCUGCUCAAUCUCUUUCCCCCUGCUCACUCUCUUCCCCCUACUCACUCUCUUUCCCCUUGCUCACUCUCUUCCCCCCCUGCUCACUCUCUUUCCCCUUGCUCACUCUCUUUCCCCCCUUCUCAUUCUCUUUCCCCCUUCACGCUCUCUUUCCCUCCCUUCCGCCCGUUGCCCCCCUUUGUCUCGCGCUCGUCCCCUUGCAAUCCCCGUCUCUCUCUCCCCCCGUCGCCCUCGUUUUUCCCGUCGCCCUCCCUUCCACUCCUCGUUGCCCUCGCCAUCCCUCCCUUCUCCCUUCCCAUCUCGCACACUUGUCACGCCCCCUUUCCAGCCCGCACAUACACCCUUCCCUUCUUCCCUGUUUCCUCGUAUCCCCUGAGCUGCUUCCCCCCAUCCUCCGACUUGCUCCCCCCAUCCCCUUCCCUGCUUCCCCCCAACCCCUUCCCUGCUCCCCCCCAUCCCCUUCCUUGCUUUCCCCCUUCCCCUUCCCUGCUUCCCCCCGUCCCCUUCCCUCCUUCCCCCGUCCCCCUCCCAGCAUCCCCCCAUCCGCUUCCCUGCUCACCCCCAUCCCCUUCCCUGCUCCCCCCCAUCCCCUUCCCUGCUUCCCCCUAUCUCCUUCCCUGCUUCCCCCUAUCGCCUUCCCUGCUCACCCCUGCUCCCUCUGUUUCACCCUUGCUCCCUCCCCUUCUUCUCUGCUCACUCUCUUCCCCCUUGCUCACUCUCUUUACUUCUGCUCACUCUGUUCCCCCCUGCUUCCUCUCUUCCCCUCUGUUCAAUCUGUCCCCCGCUGCUUCUUCUCUUCCCCUCUGCUCAUUUCGUUUACUGUCUUUCCCCCUUCACUCACCCCCAUACCCCCCAAUGCAGUUACAGGAAGGGAGGAACAGAGGAAGGGAGGAAGUGAGGAAUGCAGGAAUGAAGGAAGGGAGGAAGUGAUGAUGGGAGGAAGGGAGGUAGGGAGGACGCUUGGGGGAGAAGCAGAAGGGAGGGGAGGAAGAGAGGCUGGGGAGGAGGGUGGGGAGGAGGGUGGGGAGGAGGGUGGGGAGGAGUGUGAGGAGGGUGGGGAUGAGGGUGGGGAGGAUGGUGGGGAGGAGGGUGGGGAGGAGGGUGGGGAGGAGGGUGGGGAGGAGGUUAGGGAGGAGGCUGGGGAGGAGGCUGGGGUGGGGCGGAAUGGGGUGGGCCAGAAAGGGCGGAUUGGGGAGAUGAGGGAUGGGGAGAUGAGGGAUGAGGAGAUGGGGGAUGGGGAGGUGUGGGAUGGGGAGGAGAGGGCUGGGGAGGAGAGGGAUGGGGAGGUGAGGGAUGAGGAGGUGAGGGAUGGGGAGAUGAGGGAAGGGGAGAUGAGGAAUGGGGAGAUGAGGAAUGGGGAGAUGAGGGAAGGGGUAAUGAAUGAACGUGUAUGCGACGAAAGGGUGCUACUGACCACGCACCCUCCCACACCCCACGCGAUGGGAAGGGAUGAGAGGGUGGGCGGCAUGGGUAGAGAAGCAAUGGUGAAUAGGGGGAACGUGAUGGGCAGGGGAGUGAUGACGACGUGGAGAGAGGAGGAGAGAAGGGAGGUCGACGGGAAGGCUAAGCGAGGACGAUGGGAGGGCAAGCGUGGGCGACAGUGGCGGUGGGCGACGGUGGCGGUGGGCGACGGUGGGGAGAAGCGUGGGCGACGGUGGGGGGAAGCGUGA